AUGCGCCUUAGCAAUUCUACUAAGUCAAAACACGAUACCGAAGACGGCGUCUAUAUAGUAGAAUCAAUUAUCGGUGAACGCGUUGUCAAGAAGCAAAGAUUUUACAAGGUUCGCUGGGAAGGCUUUUCUCCUAAUGAAGAUAGUUGGGAGCCUGAAAGCAACCUGUCAAGUGUUCGAGCCUUGAUAAAGAAAUUUCAACUGAAACAGCAAUCAAUUUCCACUCUCCGCCAACGUUCUUCCAAAAAAGGACACUCCCAAUCGGUAAUUGAACAAAAUUCUAAUAAACCCAACCGGAAAUCGCUACAUUUACACAAACGCAGGAUGACCAAGUCGCGUGUGGGACACUUUGAAUAUGUGCCUCAAAAUGAGCUUGUAGCAGCAAAAACUAAGUACUUCGAUGAUAUUCGCAAUGGGAAAAUUGAUUUAAUCUCAAACGAUUUGUAUUCUCGCGUCAAAACUCGACGUCGUUGCUGUGCCGAUACUCUGGGCCAGAUUGAAGAAAGUAACCUUGUUCGACCUUCCAGUCUGAUAGAACUUAACGAUUGCUCAAGUACUUACCGAGGCACGCCCUCGCGCUACAGUGCACCUUCCACGCCAAAAACUUUCGCUCAGUGUACUGAUGGGUCCAUUGAUGAAUGCGUGUCUGCCAUUUCUGAUCCACCUUCUAGCAGUGUAAAUCUAGAGGAUCGAACCCAGGCCUCAGUUAAUUUUAAAGAAAAGUUGGACCUAAUUGGCCAGCAAAAUUCAAGCAUUAUUCAUCGUCUCCCUCGUUCAAAAAUUGUUUGUCAACGACACAUCAAACAGUCGCGUCUCUCUCGCCGACAUCGCAGAAAGCAGGUGAGACUUGCUCGAAUCCCUCGGUCUUCUGGUACCAAAAUUUUUUUGAAGAAUUCGGACUCUGAAACCGCUCCGAACUCUCUAGUUGAACCGAAAGACCAGGAAUCUUUCAAAGUCUCUGAACAUAACACAGCGGCUAGCAAACUCACAAUUAUCACGAAAACCAACUCACAGCAAUUGCAAAAUUCUGGUGAUUCGUCUAGGUCUGAGACCGAUAUAAGCGAUGGAAAGUCUUUUAAUAUGUCAAAUGAAGCAUCGAUUUUAACACCACCCCGUCAGACGGUAUCAUCUCCAGGGGAACUUAUGUCCCUUUAUUUUGACCUGGUUAACCAAUGUAAUCACUCGGCAUCAGCCGAUGGCCGUAAUCUUUCGGAUUUUCCAGUUGUUAAACCGCUUGAUGACGGUGUGGUGCUUUCGUCGGAGAGUGAGCUAGUCACGGCUAUAAACAGCCAGUAUUGGAGUAUUCUCGCUUCUCAGCCUAUUGAAAAGUUUGUUUAUGACAAUGACACUUCGUCAAGUAGCAGAUCCACAAAUUCACAAAACUACCUGGUUGCCGCAGUAAUCGGGGGUGAGGGAAGGCCAUUCCUCCUCCGACGACUGCUUCAACCUGGGAACCGUUCAAAUUUCAUUGAUCCAAUUUCCGGCUGGCCCCUUCUCGUGAUUGCUGUUUACUUUGGGCGCGUACACGCAGCCCAAGUCCUUCUUGAAUCAGGCGCCCAACCGGAUGCUUCAAUUCUUGUUGGAGGGAAGCUACGAACCGCUCUUGGUGUAGCUAUCACAACGGGAAACGUCGAUAUGGCUUCGCUUCUCAUCUUAAGUGGAGCCAACUUUUACAAGGUUGAGGAAAACACAACUGCUCUAAAAUUCAUCAUACGUCUCCUUCAGGCAGUAAAAUCAAAUUCAUCUUAUGAAUCAACGGCGAAGGCCUCUUCAGGUAGUCUGACCGGCGAGUCGAAUAUUUCGAACAGGUUCCAUCUGCAUUCACCAAAUCCCGAAUUAAUGCCAAUUAUCCAACCUCCAGAGGGUGUCACUAUUCCUCGCUCUCCCUAUGACUAUCUACUUCCGACAUCAUCCACGAAUCCCUGUCCCAGCAUCCCGUUGAGACCUUUUGAUGGUAAAACGCAACAAUUCCCAACUGCUGAUGCCCUCAGCCGCCUGUAUGAGCUUAUUUCUUGUCACCACGCACGUCUUUCUUUAGCCAUUGACUCUCUAGUUCGUCGGUGGCUGUCUUCAGUGAGAAUGGUCCUAUGUAGUCUUGUAAUGCCUUGUCAGUGGAUCAAUUUAUGUGAAAAGUCGUUCACAUUAUCAUUUUCAAUACCCCGAGUUCAAGAUUUACCCAAGGAGGAAUCAGCUCUGGUACUUUUUCUGAUUCAUGGGAUCGUGACACCCCCAGGUGUUUAUCACGUUUGGUUGGAAGAGGAUGGACCUUGUUUUGUUGGUCAAGUUAUGUUCAAUAAUGUGGAGCAAAGGGCUCUAGGGAGGCGGCACUUUGUCUCGACCUUGCAUCCACUUGAUAAACAGAGGGAAGAACAGUUGGUGAGUGUCCAGCUUACCAACGCCGAGAAGGGUGUGUGUAUAGCCGCGAUUGUAAUUAGAUUGAAGCCUAUUUCAGACCCCCGAGCCCCUAAAAACUGCAGCAGCACCCAAGAGACCACUAAUAUCCCGCGUCUGAGGUCCCUUCAAUCCGUUUCCGGUCUUCGGCCGCGAUUGCACUAG